GUAGAUCAGACGGUAGAGCGCCGAAUAGGUUAUGGUUUUCGCGCCUUAAAUAAUGCAGUAAACAACUUAAGUCACGCUUUUUAUCGGUCUAUGCGGUCAUCCACGAGGAACGCCCAUGCGGCAGAUGACCGCCGUGAGACCAUCGCUCGUCUGUUCCGAGAAGUCGACGCGGUGAACACGGGGUGACAGGUGUAUGCGCGCUGUUGGCGGGAAUAAUACGCUCGGGAAUAAUCACGGGAUUUUAGAUGCGACGGAGCCAGAAAAUGGCAAACGCAAUGCUGACACACAAAGCCAAGGAGGAGGAGGUCAUAGAAUGUUUUCUUUACCCCAAGUUCUGCUACACGACGUCCGAUCCGGAUAUGGUGAUGGAAGUAAGGCUGAGCGAGGAGAUCGCCAAAUAUAACGAGGAGAUCGCUCAGUUCGUCGCCGAGCACAUCUGGCACUGUGACAGCCUGAAUUUCCGUCCCAGAACCAAACAGGCGAUGCUGCUGAACCGAACCCUCGAGGGAUCGGCGGUCGAGGAAGAUUAUCAUACCCUGCCUCACAUCUACGCGAGUCUACGUUUUGAUGAGGAUAUAGGAGACGAGUGGUUAACGGUGUUCUUGAUAUUCAGACUCACUAAGGUCUUCGAUGGAUUGAUCGCCAGAGUGGUGGACUCUGACGGGGAAUUCCUUCUGAUAGAAGCCGCGAACGUUUUGCCACUCUGGGCCAGCCCUGAGACGUGCCAGGACCGAGUGUUUAUUCACAACGGUGAUAUUCACGUUAUCAGAGAGAGGGGAACGUCGUUUCUCAAUCUACUGAACAAUAUAAACAGCAAGCCACACAUAUCCAAGAUGUCGGAGAAGGUGCAGCUGGUGUUGCAGAAGCGAAUCGGCAUCUAUCCUGAUGAAAUACAGAAGAGAAGGCACAAGGCUCGGGCGUUCCUGCCAGAGAAGGCAGCCUCCAUACUUCGCGUAGAACCAAGACUCAUAGCUCUAGCGAUUAGAACUAUCUGCCAUUCGGAUCCACUCGAACGCAAAGUUUGUCGUGCCAUGAGAUAUUUUCCUCCUGAACAACGCACCAUGGUCAACGUCAAAAUGACUAGGUGUUUAUACGCGAUGGUGACGCACUGUCGUUACACCGGUGAUCCAAGAACAGGUUGGAACAUACCACCUGCGACUUGCUCAAAAUACAAUGCUCACGUUCUCGGAGUUAAGAUAGCAUGCGGUUUAGAGAUGCUAGUAGCUCGGGCUAAUGAGGAACGUAGAAAACGCACUAAAGAACAGUCGAACGUUCCCGAUGAUGUUGAAAAGUUGAAGCUGAACGAAUCGGCGUUCAACGCUUAUCUAGCUCGCUUAGAGGCGAACGGUUAUUUUAGAGAUCUGUUGGAGAGUAGUCAGGAACGUGAUAAACUGCUGUCCACGGCGAAAGAGUAUUUCUUGAAGCAUGCGACUUUGUUUGAUAAUCUAACAAAUUUAUGUGAGAGCGAUGCUCAAAAAGUUUUAGAAGCAUGGGAGAACAUACAGACGAAUGACAUUGAGAUGCAUGCUCAAGAUGAAACCAUGUUGAGUCCUGCCGAUACCGAUAGUUGGUUACAUGUAGAUCCGGCGCAAUUAGAAGCAUAUUUAAAUCAACAGUGGGGUAAUGUUAAGAGUAAGAGAAAAUUAGAUCAAGAGCCGAUGAGUCUCCGAGAAAAAAUGCAGUCAUUCCUCAACCAAACCAGCGACGUUGAUGGCGUGCAUUUCUUAGGAGAACAAUCGAUGGACAAUGACAUGCAGGACACGGAGGAUGGCGCGCGAAUAGACUUCGAUGCGGAUGUGUUCGAUAGUACGUUGAGAGGUAUCCUCGACUUAGUCGUGCCGGGAGGAGAAGACGAGUUCGAGGGCAGCUCGGAGGGAUCGUUGGGCGGCGAUGAUGAGGACAAGGGUGGCGAUAUGGACAAAUACAUGCGGCUGUUAGACUCGCAACUGCAAGCGCAGAUGGUAAUGGACGAAAGCUCGGUGGUAACGGACGAUAACAAUAGCACAGAUCCCGUAGAGGCGAGUCUGCGAGAGAGUAUCGAAGCCGAGGCUGGCGGUUCCGGCCCGGUCGGGAACAUAAUCGGCGGUCCCGUUCGGAGGCUCAUGCAUUUGCAGUUGCAAUCACCCACGACGGUACCGCCCGACUUACAAAGUUAAUGGUACUACAUAUAAUAAGACAAUUAGUAUUAGUCAAUUCACAUUGACAUUUCGUAAACAUUAUUACAACCUUUUCGCUUCAUUCUGCAAAAUACAUUACAGCAUUUGCCAUUUAAACAAACAAGGAGAAAAGACAAUGGACUAAAAGCCUCAUUACUAUUCAAAUUAUUACACAUUUAUUACUUAAAAUAUAUACUUAAUGUUAUCGAUCAAAGCACCUUUAUCACACAGUUAGUACCAUUGAUACAUAUUUCACAGUUGUACUUUUCAUCACUUGGCUAUAUCACUGUUUUUCAUACAAAUUAUAUAUACAGAUGUUAAGAUGUUAUUAUCGCGGCCAUAAAGUUAGAUGGUAAGAAUCCUACUAUUUGUAUUAUUUUGUUUCCACUUUUGUAACUAAUUUUAACUGAGCAUCAGACUCUCUCUUACGUGUAAAGCUUUGUACAUUUCAAUUAUAAUAAUGAGAGACA